CUUUAUAACUUUUUUCAGAUAGCCAUUGAACAGAUGUGCUCAAAGUUGAUUUGAGACUAUGAUGGUAGGCACGUACAUUAUACUUCUUAUUUUGUGUGCUCCAAUUCUAGGAAUACCCACAGGGAACAACAUCACAGAAGUUAACUGUGAAAAAAAUGAUGACUGUGUCUCUAACAACGUGUGUGUAGACUUUAAGUGUGAAGAUCCUUGUCUUGGCGGUUGCGGCCCCAAUACCAUCUGCCUCUCAGGCGACGUAAUCCCCGUGUGCGCCUGCAAACCGGGAUUUGCUGGCAACCCUUUCAAUGGUUGCUACCCUGAAGGUCACAUUCAAGAAUGCACGAUAAACUCGGAUUGCCCCGAGGAACAGGCAUGUUUCAACGGACACUGUAAGGACGUUUGUGAUGACGCUUGUGGACUAAACAGCAUUUGCAAAGGCAUAAAACAUCGUCCAGUCUGUUUUUGUAGUCCAGGACAUGUUUGGGAUGAGUUCUUUGGAUGCCGAAUUGAAAAGAUCAAGGAGUGCAACAGAGACUCAGACUGCACAUUAAAUCAUACUUGUAUUAAAGACAAGUGUGUGAGCCCUUGUAGUGGAGUCUGUGGCCAGAAUACUAUCUGCUGCAUCAGAAACCAUCAUGCAUCUUGUGCCUGCAAGGACGAUUACAUUGGCAACCCUUUUAAUGGGUGUUUUUAUCAGAAUAAGAUCAAGUUACGCAAGAAGUACUUUAUUGGAGGAGAAAAGGUAGGUUGGAUUACAGCUAUGGAGCGAUGCCGCAGUAUGGGCAUGAAUCUUGCUUCCAUUACGAGUGCGUCUGAACAGGUGGAUUUACAGAGAGCCUAUAUCGAUUCAGAGUUGCAAGAUAAAAUAUGGGUUUCUGGAUCUCACUGGACCUCAAAAGGUCAUUAUGUAUGGAGCUCGACAGGGCAAAGUUUUGGGUAUACCAACUGGGGAAUUGGCGAGCCAGAAGACGAAUAUAAUUGCGUUGCGGUCGGUGAUCAAUACACUUGGCUAACCGAAUCAUGCGGCGUAAAGUUUUAUUACGCCUGUGAGUAUUUUAACAGUUAACAUAGACGGAAGCUACAGAAAGAAUGCUACUAACAUUACAACCAAAGUAAAGUGAAGUAUUCUUGUAACUUACUCGUUUCACCACAUGUAUAUUUAUUAUGUGGUGAAGCUCACUGUUAUCAAUUCCUCCUUCUUUGGAUUGUACUCUAUUGCUGUGGAUGAUAGAUUUUGUUGUGUUUUAAUUAUAAAAUAACACAUUUCAAAGUUAUAUUAAACAUUAAUAAGUUAUUAUGAAUUCACUUAUAAAACAAAAUAUAAAUAUGUAUUUAGAUUCUAGGUCAACAUAUGUUUUGGUAGUUAAAUGAAACAAAUUUGUAUGCACGUUGGGGGUUUACAUACUAUAUACGAGUAAGUGAGUAAGUGCUUUGGGUGUUUAUGUAAACUUGGUUUGUAAGUGAAAUGUCUAGAUUUAUUUGACUUUGAACAACGUUACCAGUUAAAAGUUUCAAUAAUAAAACACAAUAGAAUACAA